UUUUGUUGAUCCUUUUGUUUUGUUCCUACCUUAACUUUUCCUCCUCAUCUGUAUCUAUUGUACCCUCUCUUCCUACCGUACCUAACUAAAGUUUUGUCUUGCUUUCCACUUUUUUGUUUUUGCCUUUUUGUUUUCCUUUUUUCCGAUCUGGCUAGGUAAACGACAGUCAAAUCUUGUUCGCCGUACCUUCCUCCUCGCAACUUACUUGACCGUCUCGGGGACCGCUUCGUCGAUCGCACAAACUUUGUGUCUUAACCAUACGUCAGUCUGGUCAACAAGAUCAAGAUCAAAUUUCUUCCGCAUUGCGAGCGACUGUCUUGACUUCCUUCGAUUCACGACGACUGCCAAGAUCAAUUUAACUGCCAUAUGUUGAUCAACUGUCAACGUGACUGACACCCGGAUUCGAUCCCAAUUUUCCAACUGAGUACAAUAUCAGCAACCACUUUUGGGAACCGAACCACAGCGGGGACUCUUCUCGCUUUGUCCAUACCAUCUAUUCAAAGACAUCCUCACUAUUGAUUCGCCUGUAUUCAGCUACGCCCGGGCCCAGACCCAGACUGUUCUCUCGAGACCCACGUCGCAAUCUCCCCCCACCGACUUAUUCUUUGUUCGGUUUCUUGGCGAGUAGGACAAUAUCUACGGAUCAAAAGAUACAAAGGAAAACAGGCCACCGACAACCAACGCCUGGUUUUUUCCUUUGUUUUGGCUUGCCAAAGCGUAACCCCAGAACUUCAACUUUAUCACGAUAUUCUUUCUCGCCAGCAUGUCAUUUGUCUUCUUGAGCCUUUCAUAUUAGAUCAACUCAAAAAGGGCACAAAAAGGGAGGAUUCUGCCUCGACCGCCCCCCCACGCGUUCUCUUGUCUCCCUUGGACAAGACACUUUCUACACCAACAUCUUUUUGACCCCGUUCAGCUAUCAGAAACCAAAUUUCAAUGGAUCACCAGCGACGCGGGACCGUCGCCACCGAUGGAUCCUCGUCAACCAUCUCAUCGAUACCCAAUGCCUUAUCUGGCCGGGCCGCAAAAACUAACAUGACAUGGGCCAAUCCAGACAUUUCGCCCUAUAACACAGGGCUUAAUGGCGUCCAACAGGACACAAAUAUGUUGUUCAAGGACGUUCUGUGGUGGAUGCUGGGAAUAAGUUGUCUCGUCAUCCUUUGCAUUCGAUUUAGCGAGCUCGCAUGGCAGAAGCUGCGGCACGUGUCGGCAAUGAACCUUGCUGCCGACAAACAAAACUAUUGGAGGUUGACACAAUGGGGUCCUAUGCCUGGUUUGAAGAAGCAUUUGACAUACGCGCCCCUUGGCAAGAAACGACACAACCGUGAGAUCCGCCUGUCAUCGGCUAUCAGCAUUGGCACCUUGCCCUCGAGGUUACAGACGGUCCUCUUGGUCCUUUACGCUACCGGCAACCUUGUCUUUAUGCUCUGGGUCAACUUCAAGGACCCCAACCCAUUCAGACUCGCCGCUGAGGUUCGAGGCAGGUCAGGCACACUUUCGGCCGUCAACAUGAUUCCUCUUUUCAUCCUGGCCGGUCGCAACAACCCCCUCAUUCCAAUGCUGCACAUCAGCUUCGACACGUACAAUCUUAUCCACCGAUGGAUGGGCCGCAUCUGCAUUAUCGAGGCUAUUGUUCACACCUUUGCCUGGUUGUAUGUGCAGGUCAACGACGGCGGUAUGGAGUCAGUGACCAGGAAGCUCCUUCAUGACAACUUUUGCGCUUCUGGCAUGGUUGGUACCGUGGCUUUCUCCAUCAUCCUGCUCCAGUCGCUCUCCCCUGUCCGCCACGCAUUCUACGAGACCUUCCUCAACGCCCACAUCAUUUUGGCCAUCAUCGUUUUGGCCUGCACGUGGGUCCAUUGCGCGACAUCUGCGCACCCUGGGGGCCUUCCCCAGCUUCCCUGGAUGAUGGCUAUCAUGGUCUUGUGGUUGGCCGACCGUUUCGCUCGAGCCAUCCGCCUCGCUUACUGCAACGUCUCGAAGCGUGGCUACACCGAGGCUGUUGUUGAGCCAAUGCCAGGCGAUGCUGUCCGCGUCACCAUGAAGCUCCCCCGCUAUGUCGACGUCCGCCCUGGCACCCAUGCUUACCUUCGAUUCGCCGGCGUCAACCCCUGGGAGAACCACCCUUUCUCUGUCGCCUGGGUCGACCACGUCCCCGCUGAUGAUGCCCUGCCCAUGCAAGAGAAGGAGACGACGAAGCUGCUAAUUAGCAAGCAGGACAUGAAGUCGGAAAUCUCAUUUAUCAUUGGUGCCCACAGCGGAAUGACGCGCAAGCUAUACAACAAAGCUACCGCCCACGGUACCCGUGCCAUUUCGAUGCGCGCUGCGUUCGAGGGCCCCUAUGCGGGUCAUCACUCGCUCGACAGCUUUGGGCAUGUGAUUCUCUUCGCUGGCGCAACUGGCAUCACACACCAGAUGAGCUACCUGAAGCACCUUAUCGAGGGCUACAACGACCGCACCGUGGCCACACGUCGCAUCGUGCUCGUCUGGGUCAUCAGGGACAACGAGGCGUUGGAAUGGGUCCGGCCGUGGAUGGACACGGUGCUUCGCAUCCCCAACCGCAAAGACAUAUUACAGAUCAAGCUCUUCGUCACAAGGCCCAAGAACCCAAGGGAGAUUCAGUCUGCCUCUAACGGAGUGCAGAUGUUCCCCGGUCGACCAAACAUCCCUCUUUUGGUCAAAAAGGAGGCAUCGGAGCAGAUCGGCGCCAUGUGUGUCACAGUCUGCGGUCCUGGUGCCUUGGCCGACGAUGUUCGCGAUGCUGUUCGAUCUGUGCAAGAUGAGGGCAACGUAUGUUCUUUUGUUGAAGAAAGUUUCACCUGGUAAUGGAAAGAACUGAUGUACUGUGUCGUCCUUUAAUAUCGCCAUUUGAUGUUUGUUAUGUUAUAUACCCAUUUCACCGCCUGCAUGGGCGCUUCCUGACAUUCCUUCUCAGCUAUUUUUUGUUUUCAGUUUUACAGCAUUGAGCAUCAGCAUUUUCUGGCGUUUACAUACAAAGGGACUUUUUUCUUCUUUUUAUUCUGCUUUUUAUAUUCUUUGCCCUCCUGUACAUAGUUUCCAUUAUUGCCGCUGGACCCUUCGAGUCAAAAAGUCCUGCUUGGGUUCUAGGUACCUUUUAUCUACAUCGUUGAUACACCCAGAUUUUCUCUGAG